AUGACCUGGCUCUCAUCACAGACGGCGAGGAUCCUCCUCGGACUUCUAGCCGUCGCAUACCUUUUCACGCCCGUAUAUUCUCUAGCCACGAUUCCCAAGUCGAAAUGCAUCAAAAACUGCGGAACCACCCCGAAAACGACCGCCGAUGACCUCGUCUGUCCCGAUUCAGCCUAUAACAACACCGAGAAAGGGAGGACCGUGAAAGAUUGUCUGCUAUGUCAAAGUACCGGGACGGCAUAUAUAAACGAUGAGAGGAAUGACAUCUACACCUUUCUAGCUACUCAGAAAUACACCGUCCAGACCUGCCUUUUCGACCGCAAUGGCUCUAUAUCAGGCUGCCAGAAUGAAUGUAUCCCCCUGCAAAACGUCUACAAAACCAACUGGUACAGCGGCAGCAAUUUCACCCCGAUUUAUACGUAUUGCGACGACGCCGGGUUCAAGCAGUAUGCCGAUCAAUGUGAAUCGUGUUUACGGGGUAGGAAUGGGACUUAUAUUCUCGCGAAUUUCAUCGACAACAUGGUCUCGGCGUGUACGAAUAAGCCGAAUGCCUCCGAAGGCGAGAUUGUCACCCUCCGUCAACCCAUCUUCCAGGUUCCUGCGUCGGAAGCCGUGCCCGACGAGAGCAAUUCUUCUUCAAGCGGUUUGUCAACGGGUGCGAAAGCUGGUAUCGGUGUUGGUGUUGGAGUUGGUGGACUCAUGAUAGUGGGGGCUUUGGUCUGGUUUUUCUGGAUCAGGAGGAGGUCGAAGAGGGUCGACGCUCAUCAGUAUGAGCGGCCCUGGCAGCAGGAGAAUCCAGAUGCAUCUGCGCUGUCUCCUGAUCCGCGGAGUGGACCGCCCAGUGAGAUGCCCGCGGACGCGGUUGUGAAGGGGCCAACAGAGCUAGAAGGGGAAGAUAAUACAAAGGCAAAGGUGGGGGGAGGCAAUGAAGGCGAGUAUGGCAAGGAUAAGAAAGAGACACCAUCCGAGCCCGUGGAAUUACCGUAA